GAACCUCUUACGGGGUCGCGCACACAGACCGAGGUGCCCAGGCCUGGGUUCCAGUCCUGACUGUGCCACGUGGGCACGAGGGGCGUGCCCGUCGUCCUGCACAGGGGGGACCACCAGGACGGCCGUGCAGCAGUCUGGGUAGCCGUCCGGGUAGCUGUCCUGGCCCCUGGGCUCUGAGGGGUCCUGGCUCCUCUGAGGCCCAGGAGCCAGGUGGACGGCGGCGACAUGGACCAGCCAGGACCGCCCACUCCCAUGGCAGAAGAAAAUGAAGUGAAGUACGACCGUAACAACAACGAGGAGGAGGAGGGGGAGCGGCUGGAUUUCGACAAUGGGGAUGAGGUUCCAGACGCAGACGGACAAGCACCUGGGGCCCCCCAGGCAGAUGACGCGGGAGCCGCCGCCCCCACCCCCACCACCGCCACUGACACCGUCUCCGCCACCGGCCCCGCCACUGACACCACCGUCACCGCCACUGACGCCGCCACCACCACUGACACCACUGUCACCGCUGCCACCGUCUCCACUGCGGGCUCAGGAGGUGAAAACGGGAGGCCGGGCGCAGACGCGGCCGCGCCGGCAGAACCUCCUAAACUCGUGGUCCCGCCGAGGGUCAACCCCUACUCUGUCAUCGACAUCACGCCCUUCCAAGAGGACCCGCCCCUGCCCGCAGACGCAGACGCCCAGGAGGAGCCCACGGGCUUGCAUGUGCCCAGCGGCUACUUGGUGCCGGUGCCCUGUGGCUACGCCGUCCCCUCCAACCUGCCCCUGCUCCUGCCCGCCUACUGCAGCCCUGUGGUCACGCCCGUCGACCCCACAGAGACACAGGAAGCAGCGGAAGACAACCAGUUUAACUCCUUAGGUUCUGAGGAUCCAGCAAACAGCGAAGAUCCGGCCCACAGGGAGGAGAGCGCGCUCGCCCGGUGGGUUGCAGACCCAGACAACACAGCCUGGAUGGAGAAUCCGGAAGAAGCCAUCUACGAUGACGUGCCCAGAGAAAACUCAGACUCGGAGCCAGACGAGAUGAUUUACGAUGACGUGGAGGACGGAGCCGAGGGCGGGGACAGCUCCCUGGAGUGCGGCUGGAGCUCCAGCGAGUUCGAGAGCUACGGGGAGCAGAGCGACUGCGAGAGCAGAGACGGGCCCCCCCGCCCCUUCCUGCGCGGUGGCCACAGGAAGCAGCUCUCCUGUGACCUAACCCGCUUAAAGGAGCACUAUGAGAGAAAGAUGCGAGCCUUGAUGGCAAACACGGUGGGAGCGGUAGAGAUGCAGCAGCUAAAGCAGAGGCAGGAGCGGAAGAUGCAGAAGCUCAUGAGGGCGGCGAGGGAAGGCACCAAGGACGGGCUGGAGCGGACCAAGGCUGCGGUGAAGCGGGGCCGCUCCUUCAUCAGGACCAAGUCUUUCGUCUCUGCAGAUCACAGGUCCUGUCUGGAGGAGGAGGAGCAGAACGUCUUUAUCGACGUGGACUGCAGGCACCCGGAAGCCGUCCUGACCCCGAUGCCUGAAGGCUUAUCUCAGCAGCAGGUGGUGAGAAGGUACAUUCUGGGCUCCGUGGUCGACAGUGAGAAGAACUAUGUGGAUGCUCUAAAGAGGAUCCUGGAGCAAUAUGAGAGGCCGCUGUCCGAGAUGGAGCCCAAGAUGCUGAGCGAGAGGAAGCUGCGGACCGUGUUCUACCGGGUCAAGGAGGUCCUGCAGUGCCACUGCCUGUUCCAGAUGGCGCUGGCCAGCCGCGUGGCCGAGUGGGACUCCGUGGAGAUGAUCGGAGACGUCUUCGUGGCCUCGUUUUCCAAGUCCAUGGUGCUGGAUGCUUACAGUGAAUAUGUGAAUAAUUUUAGCACAGCGGUGGCAAUCCUUAAGAAAACGUGUGCUACAAAACCUGCUUUUCUUGAAUUUUUAAAGCAGUGCCAGGAGUCCAGCCCCGACCGCGUCACGCUCUACAGCCUGAUGAUGAAGCCCAUACAGAGGUUCCCGCAGUUCAUCCUGCUGCUCCAGGACAUGUUGAAGAACACGUCCCGAGGCCACCCCGACCGGCUGCCCCUGCAGAUGGCGCUGACGGAGCUCGAGACACUGGCAGAGAAGCUGAACGAGAGAAAGAGGGACGCUGACCGGCGCUGCGAGAUCAGGCAGAUAGCCAAGGCUGCCAACGAGCGCUACGUGAGCAAGCUUCUCAGCAGCGGGAGUAGGUACCUCGUGCGCUCCGACGACAUGAUUGAAACCGUCUACAACGACCGGGGCGAGGUGGUGAAGACCAAAGAGCGCCGGCUCUUCAUGCUGAGCGACGUGCUGAUGUGCGCCACGGUCAGCACGCGCACCUCGCACGACAGCAGCGCGCUGACGUCCACCAGCCAGCGGUACCUGCUGAAGUGGAGCGUCCCUCUUGGGCACGUGGAAGUCGUAGAAUAUGGUGGCAGCGACGGCGCCGGGGAGAGCAGCCGGUGUCCCCUGGUGCACGUGCCCGAGAGCCUGGCAGUGGUGGCCAGCACCAAGCCAAGUCUGUGCUGUUUUCUGUCGUCUUGUUUUGCAGACAGGGUUUACAUGGGGCCAGGACAGCUGUAUCAGGAUCUACAGAACUUGCUGCAUGACUUAAAUGUCAUUGGUCAGAUCACUCAACUGAUUGGAAACCUCAAAGGGAACUAUCAGAACUUGAACCAGUCAGUGGCCCACGACUGGACCUCGGGGUUACAGAGACUCGUCUUGAAGAAGGAAGAGGAGAUCAGGGCGGCCGACUGCUGCCGGAUUCAGCUGCAGCUCCCGGGGAAGCAGGACAAGUCCGGCCGGCCCACCUUCUUCACCGCCGUGUUCAACACCUUCACCCCUGCCAUCAAGGAGUCUUGGACCCACAACCUGCAGAUGGCCAAGCUCGCGCUCGAGGAGGAGAACCACCUGGGCUGGCUCUGCGCGGAGGAUGACGGGAACCAGAUUAAGAAGGAGAGACACCCCCUCCUCGUGGGACACAUGCCGGUGACGGUGGCCAAGCAGCAGGAGUUCAAGAUCGAAUGUGCGGUUUAUAACCCCGAGCCGUACCUUAAUGACGAGGCCCGGCCAGACUCCUGUUCCACGGCUCACGGCUUCCUGUGGAUCGGAAGCUGUGCCGCUCAGAUGGGCCAGAUCGCCAUUGUCUCCUUUCAAAGUCCCGGCCCCAAAGUCAUCGAGUGCUUCAACGUCGAGUCCCGCAUCCUGUGCAUGGCGUACGUGCCCGCGGAGGAGAAGCCCCGGGGGCCCGGCGUCCGCCCGGAGCCCGAGGCUACGGCAGGGCACGCACUGGGCGUCCCCACCGUCUGCUUAGGGACGGAGGAGGGGAGCAUCUCCGUCUAUAAGAGCAGCCAGGGCUCCAAGAAGGUGCAGCUCCAGCAUUUCUUCACCCCCGAGAAGUGCGCGGUCCUGAGCUUGGCCUGCUCGCCGCGCAGCCUGUACGCCGGCCUGGUCAGCGGGGCCGUGGCCGUCUACGCCAGAGCAGAAGAUGGAUCCUGGAAUUCAGAACCUCAGAAAGUGCUGAAGCUGGGUGUCCUACCGGUUCGAAGUCUCCUGAUGACGGAAGACAGCCUGUGGGCCGCGUCCGGGGGCCAGGUGUUCAUCAUCAGUGCGGGGGCUCAGGCUGUGGAGGGUCAGCUUGAGGCCCACCAGGAGGAGGGCAUGGUGGUCUCACACUUGGCCGUUGCCGGCGUGGGGAUCUGGGUGGCCUUCACCUCGGGGUCCACCCUCCGCCUGUUCCACACAGAGACCCUCAAGCAUCUCCAGGACAUCAACAUAGCCACCCCCGUCCACCACAUGCUGCCAGGGCCCCAGCGGCUGUCUGUGACCAGCCUCCUCGUCUGCCACGGCUUGCUGAUGGUGGGCACCAGCCUGGGUGUCGUGGUGGCCUUGCCUGUCCCUCGUCUGCAGGGCAUCCCCAAGGUGACCGGAAGAGGCAUGGUCUCCUACCACGCGCACAACGGGCCCGUCAAGUUCCUGGUCGAGGCCACAGCCGCCCUCAAGACAGAUAAGGACAAGCCCAGGGACAGCCCGCCCCCCAGCGUGGACCCCCAGGACGAAGACCAGAGGGACGCGCUCCCCGGCGAGGGGCCCGGGCCCUGCCCCGCUCGGAGCAGCCCCGACGCCGUGUGGCUGGGGGCUUCGCUGGGCUCCACGACCCAGCCCAGCGACGUCUCCUCCUCGUCCGGGUCCCUGACGCCGUCCCAGGGCUCCGGCUCCCUGGAGCCCCGAUCAGAGGAGGGCUUCCUCCAGGACCUCCUGCGGCACCCUGGCAUCUCCGCCGGCCGAGGGCGGAGGGCCAGGAAGGCCAAGGCCAGCUCCGUGCUGGUGGCCUGCGGGGGCCAGGGCCACCGGCGGGUGAGCAGGAAGGCCAGGCAGCAGCGGCCAGAGGAGCUGGUCUCCUCUGUCAUGGUCUGGCAGAUCCCUCUGCUGAACGUGUGAGCCGAGAUCGCCACCCCGGACGGUCUCAGCCAAGCCCCAGGGCCAGGGCGAGCGCGUGUGUCUGCCCUGGUCGGGUACCCAUGACAGCGUCCCUGGGACAGAAGUGUGCAAUAGCAUCGAGGUGGCGCGUCCUGCCAGCUCCUCCCCUCUCCCCAGCGGCAGGGCCGAGCGUGGAAGCUCGUGAGGACGGCAGGCAGGAGGUGGUCCCGGGAGGACACGGUGCCCCGACCCCUGUGCCUUAAUCAUCACGGCCCCCCCAGACCGGUUCUCACACUGUCCUGUCUUGUCACCUAGAGAAUCUGCCAACUCAGACCUCACAGGGAAGCCCAGCCCGUUCGGCAGUGGAGGGAUGUGGAAACGAUCCUUAGUCACGUGGCUUGAUUCUGGCUCACUCCUUUUAUUUAUAUGAUGAACCUUAACUCCAGGGUAGAACGCGUAACAGUGAAGAAGGCCAGGUAGCACUCACCAGUCCAGGUGGCGUCCUUGCUUUCCGAGGUGAGCUGGGUUUUCCAAAGAGGCAUGAUGUGUGUCUUGUAUGUCUUUAACAAAGUAGUAUUUUUAUGUUGCAUUUUGCUGUUAAAAAAACUAACAAAGGUUUAGUUGAUAUAUUUUCUGUAACGUUUCACAAAUAACGUUUGCUUUGAACCAAAAUGCUCAGCUCCUAUCGAGAUUGUAGACCCGAGUGCCGGUGCCAAAACAUUCACCUGUUCUCAUACUAAGUAAGCAGCGUCCAUCUCCGGGUCAGAGGUGCGUGUGUUGUAGUGCGGUGGGAGACGUGCCGGCGUGCUGGCCCGUCCUCCCUGCUGGCUUUGCACCUGUUGGCCAGGAACGCCACCUGAAGGACACAGGGGGCCGGCGGGGUGGGCGCCCCUGCGGGCGGCGGACAUGGGUGACAGGCAGCCCUCGGUCGGCAGGACCUGCCACUCGGCUGCACCGGCCUGCAGUCGUCCUGCGCGGGGUUCGGGGCUCAUCGUGCGCCACGUGGAUACAUGAUGUAAAUUCUACUUACUGGAUGGAUUAAAAAAAAAAAAACUAAUGCAGGCCUUCGCCCGAGAUGAAGUUGUCAGCACAUUACAGGUGACUAAAAAUGCUAAUUUUAUGACUUUGCCAAAUAUUUUCCAAGGUGCGUGUGGACCCCCAUGUGAAAGUAAUACCUCCCCGAGCUUCUCAAACUAUCAGCUGCUCUUAUUUCAUAAAUAAAGUCUUUUUAUUUAAAAACAGUA